GCCUCAUAUAGGCUGGGUUGUGUGUUCCUGUGAACAGACUCCAGUCCUGGACUCCACUGAGACCACACUGAGGUCGAGAUGCUCAUCAUGGGGGCUGUGCUGCUGUUACUAAUUGGUGUGGCUGAUGGUGUGGAGACCUUCUGCGACGCCACACAGCCACACAUCACGACCCAGUGCUUUGGCUCUCUGGGAGGAACCGUGGAGGUCCUGCUGCCUACUAAGACCUCACAAGAUGAUAUCUACAAACUGAAGAAAAACGAUGUCCCGAUUUUAUCAGACCGCAGUCAGACAACAAACAUUCGAUAUUCAUUUAAUGUCAGUACUGGAAUGUUUGCUAUAAAGGAAUUCAACAGGACAGACAAGGGUACAUACUGGAUGGAAGUUCAUGAUCAGAAUGGAAUUGAAAUAUCAUUCAACCUAUUUCGCUUAUCCAUUGAAGGUGUGAAGACCUUCUGCGACGCCACACAGCCACACAUCCCGACCCAGUGCUUUGGCUCUCUGGGAGGAACCGUUGAGGUCCAGCUGCCUACUCACUCCCCACAGGAGCAUUCCUACACACUGAAGAAGAACAAGGUCCCGAUAGUUGAGGGCGAAAUCAAGAUAACAGACCCCCGAUAUUCAUUUGAUGUCGGUACUGGCGUCUUUACCAUAGAGGACCUCAAGAAGACAGACUAUGAUAACUAUACAAUUGCAGCACAUAAUGGAAUAAAAAUGACAACUAAACUUUUAUCCAUUCAGGGUGUGAAGACCUUCUGCGACGCCACACAGCCACACAUCCCGACCCAGUGCUUUGGCUCUCUGGGAGGAACCGUGAAGGUCCUGCUGCCUGCUAAGACCUCACAAGAUGAUAUCUACAAACUGAAGAAAGACAAUGUUACAAUAACAGACAACACUCGCUAUUCAUUUAAUAGCGACACCAAAACAUUUAUGAUAAUGGACAUCAACACGUCAGACGGGGGUACAUACUCAAUGGAAGUACUGGAUAAGAAUGAAGCUCAAGUAAAAAAUACAAAUUUUUAUCUAUCAAAUCAAGGUGUGAAGACCUUCUGCGACGCCACACAGCCACACAUCACGACCCAGUGCUUUGGCUCUCUGGGGGGAACGGUGGAGGUCCAGCUGCCUACUAGGACCUCACAAAAUGAUAUCUACAAACUGAAGAAAAACAAUGUCCCGAUUGUAGAGUACAAAAGUCAGACAAAAAACGUUGAUUAUUCGUUUAACGUCAACACAGGAAUUUUUACCAUAAACGACAUCAACAGGACAGAGGAUGAUACAUAUUCAAUUGAAGCACAAAAUAGAAAUGGAAUUGAUUUAUCAAACAUACAAUUUAAUUUAUCCAUUCAAGCCCCGGUCUCCUCUCCCCUCCUGUCCCGGGAGUGUCUGUCCCGGGGACAGCAGAGGGUGUCCUGCUCUGCCGGGGGGGACGGACUCCACUACAGCUGGAGUCUAGACGGACUCCCGCUGAACGACACGCGUCUCCUCUCCGGACCCAGUAGCGCUAGUGACGUCACUCUGGAGCCGGGCCGGUUGGGACUGCUCACCUGCUCGGUCCGCAACAACGUGAGCCACGCCGCGGCUAACAUCACCUUGUCUGAGUGUGACGGGUUCAUAGAUGUAAACCGUACAUCUAAUGGAACACAUGUAUCACAGUGGGUGCACAGAGACAACAAUACCUUAUGCCCUGAGACAGCUGUUGGACCAGACUUCAAAAAAAUGGGUAAGCAGACUAACCCAUAGAUAAAUAAAAACACAUGUAUAGAUAUAAACUUAUAUAAAUAAAUAGCUUCAAAAAAAUGGGUAAGCAGACUAACCCAUAGAUAAAUAAAAACACAUGUAUAGAUAUAAACUUAUAUAAAUAAAUAACUAAAUAAAUAGUUCUGUUCUCUCACAUAGCUGUAAAUCAU